AUGAUAGAAAAUGAGAAAUUACUCCAAUGUGCUUUCAAGCAUUAACAACCAAUUGUUUCAGUCAUCCUUAAUCCAUAAAUAAGUAAAGAGCAAAGACUUUUGUGUACUGAAUGUCUAAGUAGUAUAAACAUUGAGGAAAAAGUAAUAGGAUUCAAAAAAAUAAUUGAGAUAUUAGAAUAAAGGUAAUAUUAGAAAAUGAGCCAAAUAGAACCCAUUAUAGAGUAGAUUGUAAAUUAUAUUGAAUAAAUUCUAAAUUAUAUUAGUCAACUUAAAUCAAAUGCAAUCUAAUAACUAGUAUAAUUAAGCACUCUACUUAAAGAUUGGAUCAUUAAUCUUUAAUCUACACAAUUAAAAUAUUAACAAUACAGUUUUCACGAGGAAUUAGAAAUAAUAAUCAAAAAUAGCAAUACAAAUAACUUUGAUCUAAAUCCAUUCAUCAAAGAUAUUAGCAAAUAAUAUAGUAAUUAGAUUGAAAAAGUUUCAUCUAAAUUGGAGUAAUACAAUUAAUUUCAAGAAUAUAAUAAGUGCAAAUAAAUUUUAUAAAAUCUAUAAGAUAUUAUAAAAUAAGGACCAUCUGAGAAUAUUAAUCAAGGUCCAAUAAUUAAAAAUAAUGAAGGAAAAGAUAUAAUUUAAAUUGUAAAAUAACCAUUAUUAAAAGAAGGAGCUGUCAAAUUAAAUCUCAUAGAUUCAUCUGUUAAAUAAAUGAAUUCUUGUAUAAGCAUAGUUUUCAAUCCUCCUGGAUCAAUUAUGGUAUCCACAAAUAAAGAAGCCAUUAAGAUUUGGAAUUUUAAUAAUGGAAGAAUCUAAUUACAAUAAACUUUGAAACAACAUACUGCUUAGGUCAAUUGUUUAAUUUAUAGUAGAAUAUAGGAUGGAUUUCUAUCUGGUUCUGAUGAUAAGACAAUAAUAGUUUGGAAAUUAGAAAAAUAGAAUCAAUGGAUUAGUUCACAACCUUAUCAAUAACAUACUGAUAAGGUAUAUUGCUUGAUUUUAAAUUAAAAUGAGAAUCAACUGUUCUCUGGGAGUGAGGAUAUGUCAAUUAAGGUAGGGUAAUUAGAUUUUAAAAAGAAUAAACUCAUUUAUUAAUAUGAACUAAAUAAACAUAAAAAUAAAAUAUAUGCAUUGAGCUUAAAUUAAUCAGAGAGUUUAUUAGUAUCAUGUGCACAUGGUUAGAAUGAAAUAAUAAUUUGGAAAAAAGGACUUCAAAAUAAAAUGGAAUUUAAAUAUGUUGUUAAAUAAUCUACCAAUAGUAGUGGAGGAAAAGUAAAGUUUAUCAAAGAGAAUUAGUUUAUUUGGGUUUCUGAUUUUAAAUAUACUGAUAAAAUAUUCAUAUUUGAAUUGAAGGAAGGUGUUUUUCAUGAGAAUUAGUAAAAGACUAUAGAAUUGAAUUUUAAUAAUUAAGAAUUAGAUAAGUUCUAAUUUCCUAUAAUUCAUAAUAUGUAAAGGAAUCUCUUAGUUUUAAGACACGGAAGUUACAUAUAUUUAAUUAGAGAAUUGAAUAAUGAAAAAUUCAAAAUAGUUGAGCAAUUGAAAUGUUAUACCAACGAUAUUUUUGGGACAAUCACAAAUAAUGGAUCACAUUUAGUUUUUUGGGAUAGCAAGAAUUAAAGUUAUUCAAUCUAUAAAUUAUCAUAUCAAUGA